AUGCGCCCACUGCUUCGCCUCAGACCGCGAUCCUUGACGCCUGGCGUGAAGUCUCUGCCAUGGCGGUUUGCACGGUCGCGCCCGUUGUCAUACACAGCAAUUCGCCAUUGCUCCUGUUCUGACAGGGCAAAACCGGAAGCUCCAACGAUACCGAUCACCGACCACCGAGCUCUCGGCACCGCUCAGGAGCUUUUUACAUCCUCAGUCUAUAGCCCUGGAUCUCCCUUGUUCCUCCCGAAUGGCACACAUGUCGUCAAUAAACUGAUCUCCUUCCUCCGCACCCAAUACCUACAAUACGGCUUCCGUGAAGUCUUAACCCCGACCAUCUACAAAAAGUCGCUAUGGGAAAUAUCAGGCCACUGGCAGAACUACAAGGAUGAUAUGUAUGAGGUUACUGGCCGUGGGGCUAGUGGCGAGGCAGAUGGUGAAAUAGGCGAGGACGAAUCAUACGGACUGAAGCCAAUGAACUGUCCUGGGCAUUGCCUGCUCUUCAAGUCACAAAAUCACUCCUACCGCGACAUGCCGGUGCGCUAUGCAGACUUCAGUCCAUUGCACCGCAACGAAGUGUCAGGAUCCCUGACUGGUCUGACACGUGUCCGCCGUUUCCAUCAAGACGAUGGGCAUAUUUUUUGUCGCCCGCAGCAGAUCAAGUCAGAGAUCGCAUCGGCGCUCGGAUUCGUGGAUAUGGCCAUGAAGACCUUCGGACUCGGUCCGUAUCGAUUGGUCCUUUCGACUCGACCGGAAACGGAUUAUAUCGGAACUUUAGAGAUGUGGGAUAAUGCCGAGACGCAGUUGCGCGAAGCGCUGGAUAGUACUGGACGCGAUUGGGCGCUAAAUGAGGGCGAUGGUGCCUUUUACGGCCCUAAGAUCGACAUUCAGCUUCAAGAUAAAGCUGGCAAAUUCCACCAGCUCUCUACUAUUCAAUUAGACAUGAAUCUGCCUCAACGAUUCGAGCUAGAGUACCAGGUUGCCGAGGGUGAGCCAGACUACAACCCAGCUACACCUGGAGUUGCAACUCCUGUGUUGGUUCACCGCGCUAUCUUUGGUUCAUUGGAGCGGUUUUUGGCGUUGCUCAUCGAAGAACAUGGUGGCAACUGGCCAUUCUGGCUCUCCCCUCGCCAAGCUAUUAUCCUGACGGUAAACCAGGAUGAAGCUGUUGUGCGCCAGGCUCGGGAAGCGUUAGCCAAGUUCGCUGGAUUCCGCGCAUUACUCAAUGAUGGCACCGCCGAGUCGCCCCGUCCACUCUCUUCAGUCGACUCCACAUUCUUGGUUGAUGUCGACAGCAGCCCACAAACUCUAGGCAAGAAGAUCCAACGUGCCAAACAGAUGAAGUAUAACCUCAUCUUCAUCCUCGGCUCACGGGAUCUAGCUGACGGUGCAAUCACUGUCGAUGUGACUGGUCAGAUGCAGAGCAAGACGGACAAGGAUGGCCAAAAAUUGCGGGCGUUGAUGAAAUCCAGACUAGGUGAUGACGCGCUGAAGGAUCCCCGUGCCGUCAAGCUUAGCGUGGACGACGUUCAUCCAUUAUUGGUUGAAUUCGAGAAGAACUUUGUAUAA